AUCGUGCACCGCCUGGCCUACCUCGCCAUCGCUUGCCGGCAGGCUCCCGUCCCCCAGAAGUGGAUCGGCAGUUCCGUGGCCCUGGGCUUCGACGCGGGCGAGCCGCCGCGGCGGGGCGCCUCCGAGGACGAGGUGCGCUCUGCGACCAUCGUUCAGCUCUUCGACUGGGGCAG